AUGAAUUCCAUGCUACGGAAUCGAGUUAGUUUUGUAUUUCGUGCAUUAAGUACAACUUCCGUGCGACAAUGUGCUGUUCCUCCUAAAAGAACUCCUAAAACGCUUAUGCCGAUAACAUGGAAGUCAAUGGCAGCAACCGUUGUAGUUGGAGGAGGCUUGACGGCUUUUAUGAUGUAUGUCAAAAAAGAAAAACAGGAGGCGCUUGACCGAGAAAGAAAAAAACAACUUGGAAAAGCAAAAAUAGGUGGCAGUUUUGAGCUAGUAAAUUCGGAGGGCAAAUUAGUUAAAAGCGCUGACUUCUUAGGAAAAUGGAUGUUAAUCUAUUUUGGCUUCACUCACUGCCCAGAUAUUUGUCCAGAUGAGUUGGAAAAGUUAGCCGAAGUUGUGGAUUUACAUGACAAAACUCCAUCAUCACCACCUUUGCAACCAGUCUUCAUAUCAGUAGACCCUCAGAGGGACACACCAGAAUUAGUUGGCAAGUACUGUAAGGAGUUUACACCAAGACUGCUAGGUUUAACUGGAACAAAGGAACAAGUCCAGCAAGCUUGCAAGUCUUAUAGAGUGUACUUCAGUGCCGGGCCACAAGAUGUUGACAAUGAUUAUAUUGUUGACCACACCAUUAUAGUUUAUUUAGUUAAUCCAGAUGGUGAAUUUGUCGAUUAUUAUGGACAGAAUAGGAAUGCCAAAGAAAUUUAUGAAUCAAUGUUAGUGAACAUUAAGAAAUAUGAAGCUGCAAAGAAAUCAACAUGGUUUUAAAGCAUUUAAAUGUGCUAGUUUAUAGAUUAUAGUUUUAAUUUACAGUAUUCUGUUAAGUUAUAAUAAAAAUGUGAUUUAUUCUU